UUAUCUUUUCUUAUCUUAGGAACUUACUUUUUUCUUUUAAAUGUCUAACUCUUUUCUUUGUUAAUGCUUUUAAACGUGGUACCUUUAAGAAUGUGAAGUUACCUUGUGGAUGAAAUGCACCAUAUACAGUUAAUAAAGCUGCCUUGCCUUUCCUGUCUUAAACUGCAAGUUCCAUUUUGUCCUCCUCAAUAUUAACCUUUAAAAAAAGGCAAACAUUCCAAGUUUUUUCAGGCUCCACAUUACAUAUGAACUUUUGAUGUCACAUUCGUUUGCUUCCAGUGAGCGAUACAUUUCAAGCAAAACAUACUGUGUGAGUAAAAUUGACAGUAAUUCCAGAGGACUUCAUUGCGCUCUGUUGAGAAGUGUAACCGGAAGAGAAACCAUCAUGAGAUGUGAAAGUUGGCACUUGAAAACAUUGAAGUUGAGGUCUUUAUUUUUGCGCGUGUUUGCAAAAUGGUCCCAGACACACGAGAGACACAUAUGUGGGUUUUCUUCAAAUUAGAUCACAUGAGACAAUCACCACUGGUAGUUUGUGCCUUGUGUGGACAAAAGUGUUUAGACACACCAACAGUCCAUCUGCAGAAGUGGAAAAAAAAAACUUAAUCUCUUGUAGAAGGACUUUAUGCAAUGUCCUUUGGUCAUGCUAAAGAGAAGGUGCCUUCCUACCAAGUUGGAAGCAUACACUUGGCCAAAAUGCCGGGAAAUGUGUGUUCAAUGUUGAGUUCAGCCUUCCACUGACACCACAAUAAAAAUUGUCACCGGUGUAAAAAAAUUUUUGAUUUCUUAUUAAAGUGUAGUGAGAAUAAUUGUCUGCUAAAUUUGAUACAACACAGAGAAAAAUGUUAACAACUUUGCUAAAUGUGCAUGAUUUAAACAAACAAAAAAAAAAAACAAUAAUCUAGCGUUUUCUCUGCUCUAAUCCCGUGGGCAUGUCCGAAUGGAUGCUAACUCAUGUAGCAUCUUAGCACCUACACAUCACGACAUCCCACGUUUCAGCUGCAAAAACACAUCCAAUUAAAGCCUCCAGCUGCUGGAAUACAUCCCACAAGGUCGCCGAGGUGCUUUACACGGCACGACGAGAGGUGGCUAACCACCAGCUAGCUUGCAAAUUGACAGGCUUGCGCUUGGUAAUAAUAACUCAGUAACGAAACUGAGCCGAAUGAUGACGGGUGCAAAGGAAAGUGUUCCAGUUCUCAUCGGGGAGGGUAACUCAAGCCUAAUGCUGAAGUGCGUCACUAGGCAACAUAUUAGCAAUUGGGACGUUUUGGUUAUGGUUUAAAUUUACCUUAGCGCUGAUUCAUUCGCUCAUACACAGCACUUAAGCAAAGAAACCAACAAAAGUAGUGGCCUCUUCCUGACACAGCACAAUCACAUUCAUCAGGGUUAAAGUGUGUCAGCCUUAACAGAAAUAGGAAGAAGCACAUUUGACUUCCUCAAACCAUUCAAGCCCGAGAUGAAGAUCGAAGUGUCACCAUACCGCAUGGCGAACCACAGAGGAGACGUGAUGCAUGCGGGCGAGGUGGUCUAUGCCUCGUUGGAGGUACUCAUCGCCGUCUGCUGCGUCCUCGGAAACACUCUGGUCAUCGCUGCCGUACAGACGACCAAAAGCAUCGGGCAGCCCACCUUCUGUCUAAUCGUGUCGCUGGCGGUAGCUGACUGCGCGGUGGGCUUGGUAGCCGUCCCCCUGGCCGUGCUGGUGGACGGCAGGGUGAGCACCUCCUUUCGCACCUGCCUCUUCAUCAGCUGCGUGGUCAUCCUGUUGACCCUGGUUUCCAUUCUAUCACUCAUGGCCAUCUCACUGGACCGCUUUCUCCGUGUGUACGUCCCACUCAGGUACAAACGGACGGUAACACAAAGACAUUCAUGGUCUGUGGUUGCUGCAUGUUGGCUUGUCGCUCUGCCUCUGAGUUUCGCGCCCAUGCUGGGCUGGCACAACGAAGACACCACCUCCCCAGAGUCUCCCAACUCCAUGUUCAUUUGCCAGUUCAUCGCCGUGAUCCCGAUGUCCUAUCUGGUCUACUUCAACUUCUUCCUCUGCAGCCUGACACCGCUACUAGUCAUGUCGGCACUGUAUGGCUACAUUUUCUACAUCAUUCGUGGCAACCUCAAAGAAAAGCCGGGCAACGGGUCCCAGGCCAGAUCUCACAUCUACCUGAAGAAAGAGAGGCAGCUAGCAGGCUCUCUUGCCCUGGUCCUGAUCCUCUUCGCCCUCUCCUGGAUCCCGCUGCACGUGCUGAACUGCGUUGCCUACUUUGAAUUGGCCGCAGUGCCAGUGAGCGCUUUUCACGUGGGCAUUCUGUUGUCUCAUGCCAACUCUGCUGUGAAUCCAGUGGUGUAUGCCUUUAAGAUACACAAGAUCAGGACGGCGUACCUGAAGAUCUGGCAGAGGUGCCUCACAUGCGGGGAUGAACUCCAAGGCUCUCAGUCCAGCCAGUCUAUGGACAACAACCAAAGUAGCAACAGUAUGAACAACAAUGUGCCGUUACGUGCAUAACGUGGUCAUAUUAUGGAAAAUGUACUCUUUAAAUGCACGUAUGCAGUUGGUGGUUUCCUAGAGUGCCUGUAUACCGAUCAAGUGUAAAUUAAAAAAAUCUUUUGUUGUCUGCCUUUUUCUGAAAAUUUGUCUGAGCGUGCCAGGGGAGGCAGGGGACAUUGAGUCAUGUUCCGUGCCUCUGUUGUUGAGGCGACCAAUCGGAGUUGUGGCCAUAAAGUGGUUUGUGCCUGUCGUGGUAGCAACUCCUCCACAUUGAGAGGAGCCAGAUAAGGCGGCUCGGGCAUCUGAUUUGGAUGCCUCCUGGACAUCUCCCUGGAGAUGUGUGCCAGGCAUGUCACACUGGCA